UCUCUCUCGCACCGGGAGAGGCACACGGAUCAGCUCCCGGAGGAAUUGAUCAGACUGGUGUUGUUAGUUGACAUUUGAGCGCCAAAGUCGCAAGUGAUCGAGCGCGCUGAAAGACGAAAAAAACUAAUUGUGGUAUUUUGUGUGAUGGUCAUAAAAUUAAAAAUAAUUAGUGGAAUCUCUCCUUGUUUGCUCCCUCAUUGAACACUGUGCCCAUGAUCUAUCCAUCUCUGUUAAUUUAGCAAAGAAUACACUACCACAACGUUUACUCAAUCCCCUAUCAAUGUGCUCCAAUUUUAAAUUUGAUGAUCACCUGUGAAAGCAAAAAGUGAUUGUAGAAUUGUGUAAUCGAAAAUUGUUCAUAGAGUUUCACUGGAAAAGACCUUAUCACAAUUCUUCAUAUCAAUUUCAAUCUUCUGUGAUUUUUUUUUCGCAUGUAUUUCUUCACCGCAGAAAUACCCCUUUUUUCGCUGUAAUACCUCCACCAAUGUUGACCAUCGAGCACCAUAUCUGUGAGACAAUUCGAUCAAGAAAAGCAUUGGUGACGACAAAUUCUAGAAUGGUAUAUUAUCUGAGUACCUCCCCAGGAAAAUGACACGCGAAUGCCAAAGACUCUGACGAGUUCGUUCGCGAAGAGUUAAGUGAACUGAAAAGUGUGUGACUUGCCAAAGGGACUCAGUCAUGGAGUCCCCGCCGGCAAAUGGAUCGGACACAGUGUCCAUCAAUGCUCAAAGGAAUCACAAAACAGUGGCUGAGCUCCACUUCAAUGCCAUGGGUGGUAGUAUGAGGCACAAACAUACCUUGGAGACACCCACAACAACGGAGGAGUCUGCUAGACUUCUGCCCAGCACCUCCAAAAAAUUCAUCAUUGUGCCAUCGAGUGUUAAGAAGACCACCCUCGCUGUUGCAUCACCUACAGACAGCAUCGCCUCAUCCAAUGUGAGCCCCAUCAUGUCUCCACUGCCCAUGGGAGCCAGACCUAAGCACUUCAACAGCAUGAGAUCGGUGAGAUCAGGUGUUCUUAUGCAUCACGAUGGAGCUCUGGCUACAUCCACUCCAACUGUUGGACACGUUGGACAUCAUCCACCAACAUCUCUCGCCCGAUCUGGCUCCUACGUCUUCAGCGAUUGUGGAUCAGCGCGCCUGUUCUCAGACGCAACGUCUGUACGAUCGUUGGCAUCAAUUGGAAUGGGUUCUACGGAUGGACGAAAAAUGGUCAUCCGGCGUGUGCCAAACUCCCCCACGGAACUUCUCACCAUCCUCAAUCCCCCAAUACCACAAGAGGAGGAUUUCGAGAAUGAUAGUUAUGCUGGAAUAUCCGAUAAUUCAGACUCGGCUAAUCUGAAACCAAGAAGACAGCACUGGGCCAAUAAGAUGCAGUUUGUUCUGGCUUGCAUUGGAUAUUCCGUUGGAUUGGGCAAUAUGUGGCGGUUCCCGUAUCUGUGCUACUCAAGUGGCGGAGGAGUCUUUCUCGUGCCAUACUUUAUCAUCUUGGUCAUUUGUGGCAUCCCGAUGCUGUUCAUGGAACUCGCAGUUGGACAAUACACAGGAAGAGGACCUAUUGGUGCUCUCGGUCAAAUCUGCCCACUCUUCAAAGGAGCUGGACUGGCAAGUGUCGUAGUAUCCUUCCUAAUGUCGACGUACUACAGUGUGAUCAUAGCAUAUGCCAUUUACUACUUCUUCACUUCCUUUCGACCAGAAUUACCCUGGACGGAUUGCAGCAAUCGCUGGAAUACUCCAGAUUGCUGGAUUCCACAGCGACAGGAAUCCAAUCUCACGCGUCCACACGUCUCCCGGACACCUCCUGAAGAAUUCUUUGAGAACAAAGUUCUGCAGAUCAGUCCAGGAAUUGAAUAUCCCGGUGGGAUGCGAUGGGAACUUGUAGCUUGUUUGGUCUGUGCUUGGGUUCUGGUUUACUUUGCCAUCUGGAAGUCAAUCAAAUCCUCCGGAAAGGUGCGGUAUCUUACAGCAACACUUCCCUUCGUACUCAUCUUCGUGUUCUUGGGUCGCUCCCUAACACUCGAUGGAGCUGAGAAUGGUCUGAGGUACUUUUUCCAGCCAAAUUGGUCACUCCUCCGCAACGCCAAUGUAUGGAUUAAUGCUGCAUCGCAGAACUUUAAUUCACUGGGCAUCGCCUUUGGGUCAAUGAUCUCAUUCGCCAGUUACAACAAGUACAACAAUAACAUCCUCCACGACACUCUAGCCGUAUCAUUCGUCAAUGCCAUCACCAGUGUUCUCGUGGGGAUCUUCGCCUUUGCCACCAUUGGCAACAUUGCCCUGGAGCAAUCUACAACCGUAGAAGCUGUCAUCAGCGAUGGUCCUGGGCUCAUCUUCAUCGUCUAUCCACAAGCUAUGGCCAAGAUGCCAGUAUCAAAUCUCUGGGCAGUGUUAUUCUUCUUCAUGCUACUCUGCCUAGGACUCAACAGUCAAUUUGCCAUCGUUGAGGUCGUUGUGACAUCCAUUCAGGAUGGAUUUCCCAAUUGGAUCCGCAAAAAGCUGGUUUAUCACGAGCUCUUGGUGCUGAUUGUGUGCGUUGUGAGUUUCUUCUUUGGCCUGCCAAAUCUCAUCCAGGGUGGCAUCUACUUUUUCCAACUCAUCGAUCAUUAUGCCGCAUCCAUCUCCAUCAUGUUCCUGGCAUUCUUCCAGAUCACUGCCAUUGCGUGGUUCUAUGGAGUACCACGUUUAUCUAAGAAUGUCAAGCAGAUGACUGGAAAUACCCCUUCAUUGUACUUCCGAUUCUGCUGGCUCAUCGGAGCACCAUUACUUUUAAUCUCACUCUGGGUGUUUAGUUUAAUCAACUACAAACAGCCAACAUAUCACAAUGGUCAGUACAACUAUCCCAAUUGGGCCAUUGCUCUUGGAUGGGCCAUUGCCUCGACAUCUCUCAUCUGCAUUCCAACCUAUGCAAUUGUUAACAUCAUCCGAGCAAACGGUGAAACAUUCCUACAGAAAUUAAAAAAUUCCAUUAAACCCAAUAUUUACGAAUGCAAGAUUUGCGGAGAACAUCACUGCGAGCAUGAUUUCCCUGAAGAUCAGGCUGUUGCGGAACUACAUCCUAUCAUUCCGGGAGCUCCUGGUGUAACUAAUAUUCCCAUUGUCUUGCAACCACCACCUCCGGGGAACAACAGAGUAAUGCCAGGUACUUCUGGAAGUCCAGAAAAUGGGAUAAAUCACACUGAAACGAGAACCUGACAGAUGAUGAAUAGAUUAAUUGGCAAUAGAGUGCAAAAGUAGAUCAAAAGAACCAUUUUUAGUCAAAAUCACUGCUUCCAAGAGGUAGGAAUCUAUGAGGCAAAAAUCCAAAAGAUCAAAUUAUAAAGUAAAACGGUUGUGAUUAUAUAAAGACAUUGAGAAGUUGAAAAAUAAAUGCUGCGAGUAUUAUCUUGAGAAGUGAAGCGAAAAAUCAUGAACAAUCAAAUUGAAUAAAUUGUAAAUAACUUA